AUGUCGUAUUCCACCGGAGUCAAGAAACACGAGUCGGCUGUGGCCUCCUCUGAUAUCGAUAGUGAUUCGGGAAUUGAUAUCCACCCUCCCGCAGAAGACGGUACCCACCCACCAAUUAGACGGUCCUCGCUGUUGUUCUCGUUGCUGCUGAACCAGGAACCGCUCCCCAGACCCGAGCCAGAGGAAUAUAAAAACUUCUUACAUGACACAAGACACUUUUCCUUGGUGAGAAAUUUGCACAUGGCCGAUUUCAUCACCUUGCUCAACGGCUUCCUGGGGUUCUAUUCAAUCAUCUCGUGCUUGCGGUACGCGUUGACGGGCAAAUCCCACUAUGUUCAAAGAGCUCACUUCUUUAUUUGCUUGGGCUUGUUCUUUGACUUUUUCGACGGGCGUGUGGCCCGUUUACGUAACAAGUCUUCGCUCAUGGGCCAGGAGCUCGACUCCUUAGCCGACUUGAUUUCGUUUUCCGUGUCUCCAGCUAUAAUAGCGUUUGCCAUUGGCUUCCGCACAACGGUAGAUGUACUCUUCUUGUCGUUUUGGGUGCUCUGUGGCUUGACAAGAUUGGCUCGUUUCAACGUCUCCACCAAUCACAUCCCCAAAGAUGCCACCGGCAAGUCCCAGUACUUUGAAGGUUUACCUGUGCCCUCAAACUUGGUAUGGGUUGUUGUCAUGGCAAUCUUCGUGUACACUGACCGUAUUUUGGAAAACCUUCCUUUGGGGCUCGUGUGGGAGGGCACCUUCGCAGAAUUCCACAUCAUCUCCCUCGGCUUCAUCAUCCAGGGUUGUGGCGAGAUCUCCAAGAGUCUCCACAUUCCCAAGCCAUGA